AUGGAGUCUCCGUUCAAGCCCGAUGCGCUUAAAGGCAGAGUGGCUCUCAUCACCGGCGGUGGAUCCGGAAUCGGUUUCGAGAUCUCCUCUCAGUUCGGUAAACAUGGAGCUUCAAUCGCCAUCAUGGGACGCCGGAAACAAGUUCUCGACGCCGCCGUUUCCGCUCUCCGAUCUCUUGGAAUUCAGGCUAUUGGAUUGGAAGGUGAUGUUCGUAAGCAUGAGGAUGCGAGAAGAGUAGUGGAAUCAACUUUUAAGCAUUUUGGUAGGAUUGAUAUUCUUGUUAAUUCCGCCGCUGGGAAUUUUCUAGCAGCAGCGGAGGAUUUGUCUCCCAAUGGCUUCCGAACAGUUUUGGACAUUGAUGCAGUAGGAACAUUCACAAUGUGCAGUGAAGCGCUCAAGUAUCUUAAGAAAGGAGGGCCUGGGAGAGAAGACUCAUCGAGCGGCGGUUCGAUUCUUAACAUAAGUGCUACUUUGCAUUACACUGCUUCUUGGUACCAAAUUCAUGUCUCUGCAGCCAAGGCUGCGGUUGAUGCUACGACAAGAAAUUUGGCAUUGGAGUGGGGAACUGACUACGAGAUUAGAGUGAACGGGAUUGCACCAGGUCCCAUUGAAGGUACACCUGGAAUGAGUAAACUUGGACCAGAGGAGAUUGAAAGUAAAGCUCGAGAUUACAUGCCUCUCUAUAAACUUGGUGAGAAGUGGGAUAUCGCCAUGGCUGCAAUCUACUUAAGCUGCGAUUCCGGGAAAUAUGUGAACGGCUCGACAAUGGUGGUAGAUUCAGGAUUGUGGCUAAGCAAGCCUCGCCAUUUGCCUAAAGAAGCGGUGAAGCAACUCUCUCGUGUUGUGGAGAAGAGGUCCAGAGCCAAGCCUGUUGGUUUACCAACCAGCAAGCUUUAG